AUGCCUCGAUCACGCAAGCAAACUCACCAUCAUGUCCCCAGCACCGACUCUCCCGUCCCCGCGACAUUCACAGAUUCCCUCCCCCUGCCCAGCCUCAUAGUAUUCGACCUGGACUACACCCUCUGGCCCUUCUGGGUGGACACGCACGUCUCCAGCCCCGUCAAACCAGCGGUCUCCACCACGUCCCAGUCCAAAGACAACACCUCGGGCAUGCCACAAAUCAACACCAAAAUGUUAGACCGGUGGGGCGAGUCCUUCUGCUUUUACCCGCAGGUGCCCUCGAUACUGGCAUCCGCGCGGGAGAAGGGCAUCGUCAUGAGUCUCGCCAGCCGGACGCACGCGCCCGAGUUGGCCGCCGAGAUGUUACGCGGUCUGCAAGUUCCUUUAUCCGGCGCCACUACGACUACGACGAGGAGCGACGCUCUCAAGGCCUGGGCUUUCUUCACCCACCCGCAGAUCUACCCGGGCACGAAGACGACGCACUUCCGCAAGCUCCAGCAGCAGCUCGCCAAACCGGCACGGUCUGGGUCGGACCAGAACCGGAACCAGAAUCCGCUGCAAGGCCGGACGGUUCCGUUUGAGGAUAUGCUCUUCUUUGACGACGAGGGGCGGAAUCGUAAUGUCGAGACCGAUCUGGGCGUCACCUUCUGCCUUGUCCCUGAUGGGGUCGACUGUGAUGAAGUCGAUAGAGGUGUUUGGGAGUGGAGGCGGCGAAGGGGGAUCACGCCGAAGGACUUGUCUGGGCGAGAUGCGGAACAACACGACAACGUAGCGGAGCUGGAGGGAUGA